AUGCUGGGACCCUCUCUCUGGGCGGUUAGCUUCGGAUCUAGCGGGGCGUCAUCGCCGGCCAGCAGGGAGCACCAAGAGUCGGACUGCCGGACUCAGCUUCAGCACCCCACUUCCCACGUUGCUGCGGCAGUAACCAGGCCCGGGAGGGGGGAGCCGGGGAGCUGUGGGAAGUGUCGGACCAGAGAAGAUGGUAGCGGCGGCUGUGAGCUCGCCGCAUCGGGGCCGAGCCGGGAUGGGGUGGGCGCGGGGGGCUCCGGCCCGGGCCGGCCCUGCGGGCUGCCCAUGAGCGCAAACACGAUGAUCUUCAUGAUUCUGGGGGCGUCUGUAGUGAUGGCCAUCGCCUGCUUGAUGGACAUGAACGCGCUGCUGGACAGAUUCCACAAUUACAUCCUCCCGCACCUGCGGGGCGAGGACCGCGUCUGUCAUUGCAACUGUGGCAGGCACCACAUCCACUACGUGAUCCCCUACGACGGGGACCAGUCUGUGGUCGACUCCUCGGAGAACUAUUUUGUGACAGACAACGUGACGAAGCAGGAGAUUGACCUGAUGCUGGGGCUGCUGCUGGGAUUCUGUAUCAGCUGGUUCCUGGUGUGGAUGGAUGGGGUCCUGCACUGCGCUGUGCGGGCCUGGAGGGCCAGUCGCCGCUUUGACAACUCAUGGUCCUGGCUCCCCAAAUUCUGUAGUUUGAAGGACUUCCGGAAACGACCCCACCGGCCGUAUGAGGAGCCCACAGGAAACAUGGUGCACAUCAAACAGAAGCUUUACCACAAUGGCCACCCCAGCCCCCGGCACCUCUGAGCCCCUGCCCUUGGCUUGGCUGAGCCCACGGAGGGACUUGGGACACAUGGACGGACCAUUGGACCACAGGGUGGACACUGCCCAGUGUCUAUGGCUAUAUCCCUUGGGGUCUGGGGCCUAUGGACCUACAGCUGGCAGGGCCCACCUUAUGUGGACCAGGAGCCAGCCUGGCCCUGACCCUGGCCUGCUUGGGCUCCAGCACUGGACCUCUGUACAUAUGUAAGAAGGAUCUUUGCUUAUCAACCCUUCCCCCACCCUCAGGAGGCUCCACAGCCCAAGCCCAGGGCGGCCCCGCCUCCUGCCCCCAGACCCUGGAAAGCGCCUCUCUGGGGUCCCAGCCCUCUCCUGGCCCCUGGGCCCAGGAUGUCUGCUGCCUGGGUGGUCAUCCUGCACUUGGGUGGGGCUCCCAGAAGAAGGUGCUGUGUCUUUUCUCUCUCUCUCUCUUUUUUUUUUUAGGGGCAUAGGGUUUGGGGUGGGAGGGAAUGGGAUGGAGUCCCUCUAGGGCCUGUGCUGAGCUGGGAUCAUUUGACUGGAGGUCAAAGAAAGGCAAGGAAAGGAGAAAAUUGGGGAAGGGGGAAUAGCUCAGCAGAGAGAUGGGGUAAAACAUGGAGGGGGUCCCUCCCUUGCAGCUGGGACUCCCUGGCUGUUUUGUUAGGUUGUGCCUCAGUUUCCCAAGCUACAAUUAGGAGAGGAAUGCCAUGCUUGAAAAUCCCUGAAGAAACAUUGGAACGGGAACGAUGGCAGGGGUAACAGUUGCAGCAUUAAGCAGGGUGACCCCCUUCCCCUAAGUACUCUGCAGGAAGGUGCUACAGCCAGAGGGGGGAUGGUGGCAGUUGGGUAACUUGAGAUCCCUAGCAGGGAGGGGAGUGUGUAUGUGUGUGUGUGUGUGUGUGUGUGUGUGUAUUUGAUCCAUGGUGUUGUUCAAAAUUGAUUGCGGAGUGUAGGAAGAGGGCGCUGAGUGUGAGAAGACUGGUUUUAGGAGAGAGGACCUGGCUCGCUGCAGUCAGUCUCCAUCCUCCUCCCCUGACCCUCCAUCCGGCAUUUCGGGGCCCGGGGGCUGCCCACUCGGUGUGGCCCGCUCCAUCCACUGGUUUCAUCGUCUCUGGCCGGCUCCUCCGUCGGGGGUCACGUUCUUACUUCUGUAACGGCCAGCGUCCGCGUGGUUCCUGUCCGCAUUCAUGUCCAUUUGUCAGGCUGUCCGGGGAGCUGACUCUCAGGGGAAGGUGUCAGGGCCUCAGAGAGGAGCAAGAGCCUGGGCUGCCGGAGGAUGAGGGAGGCAGCGGAUGGGGGCGUCCAGAGGAGCGAGGGGGGGGGUGCUCUGUGGGCUCCUGGGCCCGCUCUUGGAUGAGGGGUCAGGUAGCACAAUAGGUGAGGGUCGUGGUCCUGAGGCAAAGGAGAGUGAUGGGGGCAGGGAAGGAAGAGUUCCCGUGAGAGGAAACAACUCAGUUGGGGAGAAAGCUGCCUCCAUUCUGUGUGAUCAUGUGGAUGAAGCACGUGGGUCUGCAGAGUGCCCAGGUGAGGGGGAGGCCGGGUCCGGCCUGGUAGCCGUCAGCACGCCGAGGCUCCUGGGGGUGUCCGGGGAGCCUGCCUGGUCCCGUGGAGGGGCAAGCCCCCGGGAGGCCCAGAGCAGAGCUGCCUCAGGCCCCCGAGGCCUUUCACUGUGAUCACCUCCACCAGCCUGCCCAUCGCCACCUCACCCCUCCCUCUCCCUGGGCCUGGUUGCCUCAGUCAGUAAAAACGUUUGGGGCA